AUGUCUGCCAAGGCUAUUAUUUUGUUGUGCGCUCAAGCAUUCAUGGUUCAGAGCAUCGCUGCCUACUGCUUGGGCAACGGACUGAGCUACGAAGGUCCAAUUAAUGCUGGCUCUUGCGGUGGACUAGGCUGGGCUGGUUACGGUGUUGGUUACGGUGCUGAUUACGGUGCUAGUUGCGGUCUAGCUGCCAUUCCAACAGCUAGCGGCAGUAGUUUCCCUGUCUCGAGCGCGUCUCCCAUCCCGCCUGUUGGAGUAUCUGUUCUCUCAGAGAACGAGAUCGGAGGAAUCCUGACUGCAGUUGGUGAGCUGCCUUUCCUAGGCACCGUUGGUCUGGAGGGUGUGCUUCCAACUGCUGGUGCUGGUGCAGUCUCUUACGGCUGCGGCAACGGUGCCGUGGGCAUAGUGAGCGAAGACAUCGCCGCUUCCGCUUGGGGAUAUCCAUCUGCCGCUGGUCUGGCGUACGGACCUGGCAUCGCUGCCGGUAUCGGCUACGGUCCUUCUAUUGCUGGACGUGGCUUCGGUGGCUGUGGAUGCGGUUUCCUAUAA